CCAUCAAUCAAGCUUAAAAAAAGAGACGCCGAGGAGCAAAAAUUAGAACCAUCUUCUUGACCAGUUCGGCCUCCCCAUUGGUCGCGUCCGCCGGCUGGGCGGGCUCAACGCGGACGCCACGACCGCCAACUCUUCUCCCCCAACUCACGAGUCAAACCGCCCCGUCUCCCUCUCCCUCCCUUUCCUUGUAACCUUCGCAAGAGGAACAGCGGCAGCAACAAGAGCGCCAGACCAGACCAGGCCAGCAGAGCUGCCCCCCUCCCCCAUUGCCGCCCUCCUCCCCAUCUCCUCGCCCGCGAAACCUCGAGCGUGGAGCACGUACGCGCAAGACAAGGCGCGUGCAUUUCGGUUUGCCCGGGGAGCCGGCUGUCGGCGGGGAGGCUUGUUCGCCGGCGGGCGGCGUUUCUUGGCGGCCGGACCGGUCGUUCGGCGGGAUGAACAGCGGCGACGCCGCCGGGUCGAGCUCCGGCGGAUCCGGGGACGGGGGCGCGCCCAGGAGGGCCUCCAGGAAGCCCAAGUAUUCCAAGUUCACGCAGCAGGAGCUCCCGGCUUGCAAACCGAUUCUCACCCCAAAAUGGGUCAUUUCUGUGUUUAUUCUUGUUGGCGCCAUUUUUGUCCCCAUAGGCGUCGCUUCUUUGCUAUCUUCACAAAAGGUCGUUGAGAUUGUUGAUCGAUACGAUGAUGCAUGCGUCCCGUCUAAUGUUACCGACAAACUUGCCUACAUCCAGAACUCAACGAUACCUAAAACCUGCCAAAGGACGCUGACGGUCCCUAAGGAUAUGAAGCAGCCGAUUUUUGUGUAUUACCAGUUGAAUAACUUCUACCAGAAUCAUAGGAGAUAUGUUAAGAGCCGGAAUGACCAGCAGCUAAGAGAUGCUAGUAAGGCAAACGAGACCACUCUUUGUGACCCCGAGAAGACCACAAAAGAUGGAUUGGCUAUUGUUCCAUGUGGUCUGAUUGCAUGGAGCACAUUCAAUGAUACAUAUUCCUUCCAACACAAGAGUAGGAACUUAUCAGUCGACAAGAAUGACAUCUCUUGGAAGAGUGACAGGGAUCACAAAUUUGGAAGUGAUGUCUUCCCAAAGAACUUUCAGAAAGGUCCUCUUAUAGGUGGAAAAACACUCAACGAAUCUAUACCGCUGAGUGAGCAAGAGGACCUUAUUGUUUGGAUGAGAACUGCCGCGCUUCCUACAUUCAGAAAACUGUAUGGUAGGAUAUAUGUUGACCUCAAAGAAAAUGACACCAUUACUGUUACGCUGGACAACAAUUACAACACGUACAGCUUUGGUGGCAAAAAGAGUUUGGUGCUUUCUACUUCAACCUGGCUUGGUGGAAAGAAUGAUUUUCUUGGGCUUGCAUACCUCACUGUUGGUGGACUCUGUUUCUUCCUGGCAUUUGCAUUCACCUUACUCUACUUGAUAAAACCAAGAAAAUUAGGAGACAACAAUUACUUGUCAUGGAACAAAAACUCUGCAGGCCAUUGAUACACUCUGAAAGUUGAUUUCCGCAUUCAACAUCAAACGAUGGCCUUAUGGUUAAAUUGUAUCUUGUACGAAAAUAGCAAUUUUUGUUUUCAAGCUGUUGUCAUGUACGUGUAUCAAGUAGACUUGAUUUUUUUUUUACAAGCUGUUGUCAAGUACGUCUAGUAGACUUGUGUGUAUGAGCAACACAAAAGGAUGUACAUUAUAUACUGAAAUAUAGAUACAUGGUUCUUUUGUUGAAAA